CCAAAAAUUAUUUAGGAUAAUAAACUUAUUGACUUGCUCACUACAUCCGCGUAGGGUACAUUUAAAGUUAACAUGUAAAUACCAAAUUUCUUCACUUUUCUGCCGGCGUUGGAUCACAAAAUACACAAUUUGUGGAAUCUUGGAGUUUUCUUUUCACAGCUACGAGAAGAAAGAGAAAACAUGGAGACCAUGGGAGCGAUUUCCCCGGGAUCAGAAAAGGAAAAUUCUUGCAAGAAACCAAAGUUGUCGUUUUCAAUAGAGAAUCUCAUUGAAACCAAAUCGUCCGAAAAUUUCACAAAGGAUGCUGAAAUAACAUCUCAUUCUGCUCCAACUACCAAACGGAGAGAAUCCUACUCGGAAACCCGGGAAACACCGAGUACGACAAAUCCGGAUAAUGAAGGGGAGCACCAGCGGGAGAUACCCCGGUCCUUUCUAAACCGGACAGGAGAGACGUGGCCGGAAAAUGGACACUCGUACCGGAAGCGGAAAAGUGAUUAUCUGCGGACAAUUCACGACCAGAGCGCGGCAAUGUUGGGCUAUGGUCCUAUGGUUCAUCCCGCGUUUUUGUUCGGACGGACUUCAGUGGAAGACUACCAGGCCUAUUUGUUUCGUAACUACUCCCUGCUGCAACAGCAACUGUCUCCCGUGCCCUCCCGUGACUACACGUACGAAUGGCUACGGAACAGCGGGGUGUCCAAGUUUAACUCUCUCAAGAGUAAAAGUUUUGAUGUACCGCCCUCCGAACCAAAACAACGCGAGCUUCUAAAGAGAAAAACAGAAAGUAAAGCUAAGAUUGUUAGUGCGACAGAGGAGGGAAAAUCGUGUGAGGAGCAACUAUCAUCCCGCAAAGACAACGAGAAAAGUGAUAGCGACAGUAUAAGUAAAGUGAAGAAAGCUGCGAUAAAGACCAACAAGACUUUCACGUGCCUAGAGUGUGGGAAAGUCUUCAACGCCCACUACAAUCUGACCAGGCACAUGCCUGUCCAUACCGGGGCGCGACCCUUCGUCUGUAAGAUCUGCGGGAAAGGUUUCCGUCAGGCAAGCACCCUGUGUCGACAUAAGAUCAUCCAUACGUCCGAAAAGCCACACAAAUGCAACACGUGCGGCAAAGCUUUCAACAGGAGUUCAACCCUCAACACCCACAUGCGGAUCCACUUGGGCUACAAGCCGUUCCAGUGCGAGUACUGCGGGAAGGGGUUCCACCAGAAGGGGAACUAUAAGAAUCACAAACUCACGCACAGCGCCGAGAAGCAGUACAAAUGUAACAUUUGUAACAAGGCCUUUCAUCAGGUCUACAACCUAACCUUCCACAUGCACACUCACAACGACAAAAAGCCAUUCACGUGCCACAUGUGUGGAAAGGGAUUUUGCAGAAACUUUGACUUAAAAAAGCAUAUGAGGAAACUUCACGAUGGGAGUCAAAUCCCCGCCUCUUCAUCGCCCCCCAGGAGUGGGGCUACCCCCACUACCCCCCAGAUGCUUCGGAGUGGGAGCAUGUUCUCCUUGCCCAGUGCUGGUCAAGCUCCGAUUGUCGGGAAUCGGUCGGCCUUCUUCGGACAUUCCGCGCCCGUAAGCUGCCACCAAAGAAACGUGUUUUCUAGUUAUCUCAUGGGAUCUGCCAAUGCAGAUUUCCUGCACAAGUUUUCAUCUUACAUGUAGCACGGUAAAAUCUGCAUUUAGUUGUACAUUAAGAUUUAAUUUUCUUUUCUUUCUUUUGUAUAGAUCUUAGAUAUUCAAUUUAAUUGAAUGGAAAAAAUUCUGCGUAUUAUAAUUAAACAUUCAUAGAAAUUAAUACAUGUAGAUAGAAUACAAUAUGUGAUAUUGGCAUUUUCCUUUAAAAGGUUUAAAAUUAUAAGAAAUGUUUGCUGAAAUAUGAAGAUGGAAAAAAACAUUUGAAUAUGCAUUUUAUUCUUAUAAUGAAGCAAAGAAUUUUUAGAUUCGAAGUUAUAUGAGAACUAUUUUUCAAAAAAUCCCACGAUAUUUCGUGCACGUGCAACGAGAACAUUAAUUAAUUAUUCCUCAUCACUAAGAGACAGUGGAAAAGAUUUUUUAUCCAUAAUUAUGUAGUCGGUACCAUGUUGGAAGCAGAGUGGAACUCUUCAGAACUGGGGUAGAGCACGUGUACGUUUGGUUGUCUCUAAAUAUUUGAUCAAUCUCUGACACGAACUUUCGGGAACUCUCGGAAGGCUACCAGAUGGUCACCACACAAUCACACGUACAAUAUGUGGCCCCGUGAGGUGUUUCGCCCCAUCUUGUGAACGGGAGAUUGUAUUGUUUUAAUUUUUAUGUAUCGACAGCGAUGUAGAGAACGUAUAUACUGUGCACCCCGUUUACGAUUUUUAUUUUGUAAUUUGAUGCUAUAAGCGUGCGUCGAAGCCUUCUGACGUUUGUACCCAACGCUUGUUAAUAAAAGUUGAUA